GAAAGGUGCUCCGGAGUUAUACAUUACGUCCAGGUAGACUUCGCCAGUUUGGGCCUCAACGGGGUUUUUUGUUUUGCGUGCUUCUGCUCUCUUAUCUGUGAGUUUGCGCCAUCAGACAAAACAGGAACUCCUGGAAAAGGAAAAAAGCUUCCAAUAGAGUUGAAAGAUAAGUACGCAUGUAAAGCCAUUUUCUGUAUCUCUACCCCCUCUUCUUUUUUUUUCUUUGGGCACCAGCACAUUUGCGUCAACUUGAUCUUCGUCCCCGUCCAGAAACGGUUUUCAGCGUAAGAGAAAAAACGGUCUACAAAUUCACGAGUUUCCUCCUUUUGUUUUUCUUUCAUUUAUCCUCACACGUGCGUGUUUCUUUUUUUUUGCCUUGUUUUUCAUUGCAAUCAUUAGCCUUUGGUUUUCUUCUUUCUCUCUUUCUCUCUCGGAUCAGCUGAACUGCCUUCGUCGACGUGGAACAGAGCCCCUUAUUACGGCCAUUGAUUAACUGAUUGAUUCAUAUCAUUUAACGGUCGUUGCUCGUCUAUACAACUCGCGCGUGCGAAGAGCCUCUAUUUGGAAUCUAAAGAAACACAUACGCAAAAGAAAAAGGCUGAAAGAGGAGCUCUAACGCAGCGUUGUCUCCCUGCGUCUCAUUUUUCUCUCCUUCAGGGCCCUCCCUCCCCCGUCCAUCAGAAGAAGGUCCAUCAGCAUCAAACAGGGUAACGUUAAUAGCUUUUGUUUGUUUGCUUUGCCUCUCUUUUUUACUACUAUUAUUAUUAUUUCGGUGUUGCUGUGCCUGAGUCGAUUGUGGAGAUUUCUCUUAUUGGUAAAGCGCAUCUUAACCUACUAUUGAAGCAAAGGAGCUGAGAAGAGGAGGAGGAAAAAAACGCAUAUAAUACAAGUAGACAACCGCCGUAUUUUGUUUGUCUUUUUUUUUUCAUGAUGUCCAUGCGAGUUGCGAACACGCCGGCAGCCCGUAAUGGCGCUGCAAAUGAGGAAAACCUGGACGAAAUCCGCGACUCGCUCAACCGCAUCGAGGACGUUCUUAACCGUGGCCAGCACCUUCUGUACGGCGACGACGCGGAGGAGGGCGGCGAGCCGGCAACGGUGACUGUCGCACCCGCGCCCGCCUCCGCCAACCGGAACGGCGGCCACGCCUAUCACUCCUACCACUCCACACCGCAGAAGGGCACCGUGGGCAACUCUUUCUCGUCUGACUUUCAGCAGUCUCCGGCUGCCCACCCGCCGGCGCAGCUGCGGAACGGCACCGCGCAGACGUCCGCGGCGUAUCCGCCGGCGCGCCAGGCCCUUGGGGGAAAACGGGACGCAGAGAGCCCCCACCCCGUCGCUCACGAGAAGGCGCGCCGCCGGCUGUCCGGCAACGCCGCACGUGCCAAGACCGCUCCUGCCAGCCACACCGCCGCCCGCGGGCUGUCCAAGUCGAAGAAAGACGAGGAGGACUUCUCGGCCUCCCUCCGCGCCCGCCAGAUUCAUAAAAUUACAAGGGAAGGCGGCCGCGUGCCCAACUUAGAGGAGGGCGUCGACGACAGCGACACGGCGCAGAACACGUCCCUCGAGGAGCUGAAGGCGCGCAUUCACCGCGAGUUGGAGGAGUACCACCGCAACGGCCCCUUGAUGUACCGUCGUGCGUCGUACCAACGCAAGCAGCGCGCUUCCACCGUCCCUCGCUCUUCGGAACCGGGGCGCACCUCCACCGUCAAAUCGGCCAGUGCGGAGAAGGCGCCGAAGCGUAUGGUGCAGCUGACGACGUCUGCGCUGCAGAAGCAGCGGCAGCGGCAGCAGACAACACCGGCCCGCGGCGCGCCCAUCCGCGACGCCGCCACGCUGAAGAAGUCGUCGAGUCUCCGCGCGGCCUCGAAGCCCCGUGCGGUAUCAGCUGCUGCGCCUGCUGCCACCGUCGCUGCGCCGGCGGCCCGACGUGCGGCCUCGCGUUCGUCCAAGCCGUUCUGGGAGCGGCUGUAUCGCGACGCCGCCGUCCAGCAGGAAAGGCGCGACGCGCGCGUGGAGCAGCGCCGCAUUGAGUUGGAGGCGGAGCGUGCCAAGUACAGCUCGCACCACCGCGCGCGCCCGUCCCCAGCGAAGGCCACCUACAACGCCUACUACCGCAGCCUGCUCUCACCCGCGAACAGCUUGAACCAGUCGCGCGAGAUGAUGGGCAGCCACUCGAGGAUUGGUGAGAGCAGCGUCCCGCCGCAGCACACGAGUUACGUGCCGAAGCGCACGACGGCCACAGGCACCAGCGCCAACACCAGCGCGAAGGCGCCGGCGUCGAGGACGGCAGCGGGCCGCUACGCCCCCAGCGGGGCCGUGACGCGUGCGGGGGUGCGGCAGCCCUCCGCGCAGCCGGCGUCGGAGAAGCCUGCAGGGGCGUCGACGCCGCCGGUGCCGCUUCCGCUGGUGCCGGGCUCGCGCGUGAAGGCGGAGAACGACGCCAAGCGUGACGGCGCCAUCGCGAAGACGCCGAAGCCGGAGGAGGAGAAGGAGACGAAGAAGGCGGAAGAGAAGGAGCUGCCGGUGCCGGAGGAGCGUGACAGGCAGUCCGAUUCGGACCUCGACUGCGACACGGAUGAAGGGCCGCAGAAGGGCUCGCCUCACCCCUACGUGGCCCCGCUUGACCUCACUGCUCUCAAAAAGUAG